AAUUCAUUGGCAUUUUAUGCGUGAGUUUGUACGCGAGCUGUUGACAAAUCGACAAGUGCGACUCGGCCUUGCACGGGCGUUUAAAAAUCAAAUCGAUAAGUGAUCUUUGAAUAAUAGCCACAAUGACUGGGUCUGUGCAUGAUCCGAAAUGGAGCCUGGAACGUCGUGAAUCCUCGGGUCAUUUGGUCUGGCGUAAGGAGUCGCCAAGAUCCAAAGUACGAUUUCGAUUUGAUGUUGAGGUUCUUGAGUUCGAGAAGCAUCCCCACGAGGACCUAGACCAUACAGAGCAGAAAGAUCACCACUUCCCGACCACAAGUUUGACGGCUACGAUCGCUUUGUGUGCGACGUGCGUAGCCGCCGUUGCUGCAUCCCUAUUUCUGCCAUGGUAUCUGAUGGAGAAAGCCAACUCAUUUUAAAGUCUGUUUUCUCAGAAAGCUCACACUUAAGUUUUAAUGUCCACAUACAUUUUUGACGGUAUUAAGAAAUCUUAUGUAAAUAUUUGUAUGUAAAAAUCUAGAUAUCAAUUUGUAACUUGUAACUGUAAAUAUUGUCUACAUGUAAAUAGACGUACUCGUAGUGACGCAUCGGUUCGGAGGGUGCAGGCAAAAUGUGUUUGGAAAUGACUGUGAUGCCAAGCAAUGUUAAGAAUUGGGUGCGACGUGUAAAAUUGAUAUAUUAAUUGUAUUUUAGAUUGUAAAAGUAUCCAUACGUUUAAUAUUUUUAAAAAAGAAAAUGCAGUCUAAUA